AUGAAGUAUCUGUAUGGAGUUUUAAUGAUUGUUAUUGUUCUUCUAUGUGUAUUAGUAUCAUCCGUCAACUCUGCUGAAUCAUUAGAAUGUUAUGAAUGUAAUUCAAAUGAAAAUGAAGCUUGUUCUAAUGGUGAUGCCGCUUCAUUGUCACCAUUUAAAGCAACGUGUGCUCAAGAAAAGCCAUAUUGUAGAAAAAUCGUGCAAACAGUUCAAAAAAAAACAAGUAUUGUUCGUGCAUGCGGUUCUGGAUUAGGAAAUCGUGCCUGUUAUAAAACAGCUGGCCAAAACUCAGCAAAUGUUUGUUCAUGUAAUUCAAAUUUAUGUAAUCAUGCUGGAAUUGAUUUAAAACAAAAUCGAAUUUUAACAUUCAUAUCGUCGAUUAUUUUCAUUCUUGUCACCAUGUUACUAUUACGUUAG